AUCAUGUCAUGUGGCUUAGAGCUAGUCACAAAAAUGAAAAAAUCAACAAAAAAGUGGGGGUCCCUUUUUUUUGUCCUUUCGUCAUCCACUUCUUCUUGUUACGUCGACUUCUUCGUCAUCAAAAAAGUUAUUCCCGACUAUUAUCCAAUUAAAUAAAACGCAUAUAAUAUCAACUAUUAGUUCACAUGUCUGAAGCAUCUUCUCCUAUCUCAAACGAAAACAAAGGCUUUGACUUGGCUGGUGUAAAGCGUUCUGCAGAUGAACCCAAUGAAUCAAGAGACUCGAAAUCAGCCAGAUUGGAAGACGUAGCGAAAACAACUGAAGGUAGUUCACAAGACAAUACGAGUACUACUGGACCUGUUGAAGAACCAUCAACAGUGACUGAACAAGCCAAUCCAUCACCUACGCCAUCUAACAGUCAUCCCACGACAGAUGCACCAGAAGAAAACAACACAUCCAACAGAACGCUGUUGACGAUACAACAACAUCCUCCUCCAGCUGCUUUGCAUCUACUUAGUGAAUCGCAACAACAACAACUUAUUCAAUCCUAUGUUCAUGCACAAGGUCAUCCUGAUUUGGCUAACCUGACAGCUUCUUCUUUGGCACAAGCCAUGGUGUCACCUAUUGCUGUGCCCACAUUGGCCUCUAACUUAUUGCAGCAGCUUCAACAAGGCGGUAAUGUAAUCACAGCCUUACCUGGUCCACCUCCACAAUUACCCCACCAUUAUCAUGCACAACCACCCAAUCACCCGGCUGAUUUGACUGAAGGUAAUGCGACUACAGGCAAUAAGCGAGCCAAUUCACGUAGCUUGUCCAAUGAUGAGCGACGUCAACGCCGUUUGUUACGAAACCGUGUGGCUGCUAAAGAAUGCCGUAAAAAGAAAAAGCAACAUAUUCAUGAAAUGGAAGAAAAGAUUGUUAAAUUGGAAGAAGAAAAUGCCAAGUUGGCUAAAGAAGUGGAAGAACUCAAGGCCAAGUUAUCUUUGGGUGCAAUGCAAGGAUCAGAAGGUUAUCGUUUAAUGAAGGAAGUGGAAGAAUUGAACGCUAAAUUAGGUAUGAGUGGUGCCUUAUCUUCCAACAAUUUAAACAUGGCUUCCAUCAAUAAUCAACCUUCUAACAACAACAACAAUACCGAGACUGAAACACAAUCUACAGAACCCAUUGCUCCUCUAGAUUCCACUUCUACUACUACUACUGCUUCUUCUACUACUCCUUCUACUUCUCCUCCACCUCCUACUUCUCAUGCCACAUCUACUGUAGCAGUUUCAACAGGAAUCUAAUCCAUACUAUCUUUAAUUAAAAAGUGGAAUAAGCCAAAUCAUCCUCAGAAGACUAUAUACAUAUAUAAAAUGGAAAUGAGUCUAUAUGUUGAUAAAAUAAAAUGCCUUACAUCUUCAUCAUAAUUU